GUAAAAGGCCAUACCACAGGCCAUGAAAGGAACGGUGCGUCACAACUCCAUCCACACCUCGACAUCGCUAGCUACCUUCUCGUGUCCACUGCCUUCAUGCCAUAUACGCCUUACACUCUACAGACCAUUGUCGCCUCGACAGUGGUAGACGAACCGCUUGCAAAGAACACUUCUUCUUCCAGUCCUACACCCACCGCUCCCAGCCAGUCCUCACCUGCCGUCUCGCUUCUACCUCGAAUAUCCACCCCACCACUGGCCGAACCCGUUCCAUCCAAAAGCCAAGUAACACCUUCGCGUCUGAAUGCGUUAUUAUCCGGAAACACAGCCAAUGCAGCCAACAUACCUCGUUUCACCAUCGAUUCCGUCGAAGCUUGGGAGACGGACCUUUAUGUCGGCACAUCGGACGGUCAUAUUUUACAUUACGCACUCGAAGAAACGACGAAACAAGAUCAGACCAACGAUAUUCCUUACGUGUCGAAACUAGAAAAUAGAAUUAAUCUUGGUUACGGUAAAAAGUCGGUCGAGCGUAUUCUUGUUAUACCCCAGGUCUCCAAAGCCGUUGUCCUAUGCGAUUCCACCCUUUCGUUUUAUUCGUUACCUUUUCUCGAUCCAAUCCCCGUAUCAUUGGUUACCCCGAUCAAGGGGGUUUCCUGUUUUUCACAUGAUCUAGCCAUGGAAGGACGUAUAGGCGAGGAUGGUACCGUAGGAUUAUGCGUUAUCAAACGCAGAGCCAUUCAGAUUUACAAAAUUGGUGAAACCAUGCAAUUGAAAAAGGAAUUGCCGCUGGCCGAUGGGGCUUUGACAGUGACAAGGCACAGCCGGCACCUUUGUCUGGCGGAUACUCAGCAGUACAAGCUUGUUAACUUGCAAGUGUCCAUUGCGACGCCUCUGAUACCUACACCACAAGUCCCGACUUCACCUUCCACGUCAUCCUCUUUGUUAGGAUCAGGCACGCAUACUAUCCCGAGACCAAUUGUGGCCGUGGUCAAAGAAGGCGAGUUCUUGGUGGUGAGUGGGAGUGUGAACAAUCAGACGACCAUUGGCAUUUUUGUGGAUGCGUUUGGCGAUGCGAUACGAGGCACCAUUCAAUGGUCCAGUUACCCCAAAGCCGUGACGGUGGAAUUUCCUUACAUGGCGGCCCUUUUACGGAAUCAAACAAUUGAAAUCCACAACAUUCUCGAUCAGCAAAGAUUACAGGUGAUUCAUCUGAAUCCCGCUUUCGAAGCACGCGGUAUGUCGUUCAGUCAUGGGAUCAAGGUUUACAUGGAUGGGCUGGCCAAACCGUUACGACGCCGGCCGUGGGGAAUGGCAGCAGCAAACGGGGACGACAAUGCCAUCGACUUGGAAAGCAUGCUUCGACGCGAAGUUGCCCGCUAUUCCACGGUCCCUGCGCGGAUAUUACUGUACGGUAAAAGUUCGGUCAUGGCCCAACUGGCGACACCCCUGGUCAUGCAAGUCGACCGUUUACUGGAUACCCACCGCAUUGAAGAGGCCAUGGAAAUGGCCGACCAAGCCGGGAAUACCAUGCCCCUCGGUAACAAUGUUUACGCCGAACGAUUGCGCAAUGAGUUGGACUAUAUCUAUCAAAAGUCUGGACUUUUGUUGCUGAAAGAAACUCUGUUUGACGACGCGUUCUCAAUGAUCGCCAAGGGUAACAUGGAUCCACGCAUCAUCAUCUCGCUUUUCGGCGAUCUAUUCUAUCCAAAAUGGCUGAAUACAACACCGCCAGCGUUACUGUAUGACGGUGUCCGUGAAUUGGUGGACGGAUUGGGCAAAAUUGAGGAUAUAGUGGCGAAUAAUAUUGAAAGAAAUUACUCGCCUCACGUGGAAGACGACGAUGCUCAACGACCAAGUCCGACUAUGGAAUUACGUAGAGCGUUGCUGAACAACGCCCGUGAAGCGAUGCUUAAAUAUCUUUUAUCAGAACGCGGCAAAAGACGAGCCAUUUUAGGCCGAGGGGAUAUCGCAUGCAUUGCCGUUGAUACCGCGCUAUUAAAGUUGUUCAUCAUCAAUAAGGACGAGCAUGCCAUUUACCGCAUUUUACGGGAACCUAAUGAUUGUGCCAUGGAAGAAUGCGAAUCGGCUCUGAUGAAAUCCAAACGAUAUUACGCAUUGUCGAUGCUCUAUGAAUCCAAGCAUUUGUAUGAAAAGCUGUUGGAAAUCUGGACAAAGAUCUACUCUGGCGAAUUGGCGGAUCCAGAAUUCAAAGAUGGACUGUCAAGAAUCAAGCGACUCCUGUUGCAGGAUGUGAACACGCAUGAACUACCUUUGUCGGUGAUUGUUCAUUAUGCGUGGUGGUUGACGGAGCAAAAUGCGGCGGAUGGCGUUGAAGUAUUUAUUCGAUCACCGCAUGCAACGGAAAUGGAUUCGGGGGCGAUUUUGGAGAAACUGGAAACGUACGGUCAUGCCAUUGUCCAAGACUAUCUCGAGUACCUUGUUCUUAUUCGAAGGAGCGAUCAUGCCGAGUAUCAUACGCGACUGGCUCGCAGUUACGUGUACAAUGUGCGGGACGAAAUUGCACGCCACGGUACGGACGAAAUCGAGAAAUUGAUCUCGGACUAUAAGCAAUCGGUUGAUCCGAUGCGAACUCAGAUGUUAUCGCCGUCAUCCGCGUCUUCGAUCGAAGUCAAUCUCACCUUUGUCGGAUAUCUGGGAUAUUACAAGCAAACCAAUCUGGUUCGACUUCGACUCGCACUCAUACGAUUACUGCAACGAUCACGCCUCUAUUCACCUCCUGCCAUCAUGGAAGCCUUAAAAGAGGCUGGCCCUCUGGAUGUCGAAAGAGCCAUCGUUUACGGUCGGAUGGGCCAUCAUGAGGAAGCGUUGAAUGUCUUGAUUCACACCAUUGGCGACUUUGUUGGUGCCGAGACUUACUGUGUGACGAAUGGCAAUUCGACCGGAGUCAUUCCCGACGAUAUCUCUGUUUCCAAUAAACGCAUUCCUCCCGCCAGAACCUCGUCACUCGCACAAAACCAACCGCCACCGCCCGACACCCUCCCAACCCCUCCAGAAGAAUCGACUAAUUUAUCUCCGGAAGAAUACAAAGAACGACGUCAGCUCCUCUCUUUAUUAUUAAAAACCUACUUGGGAAUCAAGGAACCCUCAUUGAUGGUUGCACGGACAAUGCAUCUUUUAAAUACCCAAGGGUUUUAUCUGGAAAUACUAGAGGUCCUGAAUCUCAUUCCCAAUGAAUGGCCCAUAGACAUGUUACAAAAUUUUUUAAUCCGAUCACUCCGUCGAUCAUUCCAUGCUUACCGCGAAGGACAAAUUAUUCUUGGGCUUAGUCGCGGUGAGAAUUUGAUGGUUGGAAGUGAAUUAAUAGAAGUAUACAAAGACAUUGGACCCGUUACAGUGGACUUGCACGAUGUGUGUGAACAGUGCCAAGAAUACUUGGGCCCUGGUCCCUUUGUGCGAGAGAGUCGCUACGGGCAACUGCUGCACUUGGACUGUGCCCAAAAACUGGGUCUUUGUAAACAAUAAAACCGACCACUGU